GGACGCAUCCCUUUUUAAUAAAACUCUCUUCUGUCUCGCUCUCAGUUCCUUUUUCUUCUUCCAUUAAUUCAUCAAAACCUUUCUUCUCAAUCCUCUCACACCUUCUUCCAUUUACUUUUUUGGCACGGUCGUUCGUUGUAGUUGCCAUUUUAUUAACAAUCUUCUAAUUGGAUCCUUCUUGAACUGCUUCUCACUCACUUCGGAGCAUUCACCAACCCUUUUCACAAUUGUAACCAUUUUUCCCUUUGCCUCGAUCCAUUGAUUCUCUCGACCGUCAACUUCUUUCGCAUCUUUCCCAACACUUUCAGCUCACAAUGAAGACUUUCCAUACAAUCGCUACUUUGGCCGCUGCUGGCUCUGCUCUGGCUGCUCCAUCUCCAGUUGAGAAUCUGGCCCCCAGAGCUUCAUCUUCAUCUCUUACGGCCAUCACAACCAAGGGAAAUGCUUUCUUCGCUGGUGACAACAGAUUUUACAUCCGUGGAGUCGAUUAUCAACCAGGAGGUUCUUCCAAGAUCACCGAUCCGAUUGCCGACAAGAGCACUUGCACCCGUGAUAUUGCAAAGUUCAAGGAGCUCGGUAUCAACACCGUUCGUGUCUACUCCGUUGACAACACUGCCAACCACGAUGACUGUAUGACCGCUUUGGCAGAUGCAGGAAUUUACUUGGUGCUCGAUGUCAACACACCAUUGUACUCCCUGAACCGUGCUACCCCAGCUCCUUCCUACAACUCGGUUUACCUUCAAAACAUCUUUGCUACCAUUGAUGCCUUUGCCAACUACACCAACGUCUUGGCCUUCUUCUCUGGAAAUGAGGUUAUCAACGAUGACACCACAACCAGUGCUGCUCCAUACGUCAAGGCCGUUACCCGUGAUAUGAGACAAUAUAUCGGAAGCCGUGGAUACCGUGCGAUCCCAGUCGGUUACUCUGCAGCCGAUGUUGACUCCAACAGAUUGGAGAUGGCUCAAUACAUGAACUGCGGUACCGAUGAUGAGCGUAGUGAUUUCUUCGCCUUCAACGAUUACUCUUGGUGUGAUCCAUCUUCAUUCACAACUUCUGGAUGGGAUCAAAAGGUUAAGAACUUCACUGAUUAUGGUCUUCCUAUCUUCCUUUCCGAGUAUGGUUGCAACACCAACACCCGUAAAUUCGAAGAAGUCAAGUCUAUCUACGGUACUGAUAUGACUGCCGUCUACUCUGGUGGUCUCGUUUAUGAAUACUCCGAGGAAGGAUCCAAGUACGGUCUCGUAAAGAUUGAUGGCGACUCUGUCACCGACAAAGAUGAUUUCACCGCUCUCAAGGCUGCUUUCGCUGGAACCUCCAACCCAACUGGAGAUGGUGGAUACAGCUCUACCAACAAGGCUUCUGACUGCCCAGCUCAAUCAUCUACCUGGAACGUUACCUCUGAUGCUCUCCCAGCUAUCCCAUCUGGUGCUGCUGCUCUCAUGUCAAAGGGUGCUGGUAAGGGUGCUGGUUUGACUGGUGCUGGAUCCCAAAAUGCUGGAGGAACCUCUACUGGAACUGCUUCUGCUGGAUCUGGAUCAGUUACCGCUGUUGCAACUGGUUCUAGUAGCAGUGCUACUAGUACUUCCAAAUCCAGUGCCGGUAACUCAUUGAGCCCAAUGGAUAAGACCCCAAUGAUCCUUGGUGGAUUGAUUGCUAGUUUGACAUUUGUUGGUGCUGCACUUUUGUAGAUUUAAGGUGGCGUGUAUAAUUUAAUGGUUGGGAUGGAUGCAUAAAAUUGAGGUGAAGAUGGAUUGGAUGUAUGUUUCGUAUCAGACAUUAGGUUUUUAGAGAAGUUGAUAAAUUGAGAAGAUAACAUAUGGAUAGUGGUGGUAUGAUACCUUUAUUCUUCUGCAUGAUGGAUGGGAUAAGAACAGAAUAUAAAUCAAAUUCUAAACAAUCUUUUUUAUCUUUCCUUUGUUUUUUCUUUGUUUUUGGGUUGAUGGAUUGUGUUUGUGAUUUUUUCUGUCGGUUUAUACUGUAUGUGGGUAUGGUAUGUUAAUUAUAUUUACUUUUUUGGGGUUUGAAUUAAUUCAUAAAUGAUAUCUUCUAUUGAUGAUAUACUCGAUAUUUA